CUGCUCUCCUCUCUCUCUUUUUCUGGUCUCUUUUUUGUAUUCCUUUUGUUCCGUGGGUAAAGAAAAAAGACAGCCAAUCAUACUGUGCCCGGGUCAGACUUCCACAAUAUCUUUCAUUUGCCUCAAAGAGUGAGUGGCAAUCAAACGCCUCACUGUAUCCACCAGCCUUUGGCACACAAUAAUCCACUCACAUUCCCUUACGCUUGACUGGUGGCUUGCGUCUUUUGGCUUACGACCCGGCCCUAAGCUUCUGGAACUGCAACCCGACUCAGGUUCUUAUCGCCCGUCCGCAUCAGAGCUAAUUUUUUGAUCCCCACCAUUUUCCGAGGAUUCACGCCCCUCGAUUCGACUCUUUUUCAUCCCUCUUAGGGUCCCCUUCAGCCAAUCCUUUCCACAAUCCUGCGCCUUCAGCAAUCCCUGUCCGCUUGGACUUUGUCUCCCUCUCUUUGUGUACCUCUUGCUGCUUUUACAUUUUACAAAUUUUCUCCCUAUUUACCCUGCAAAUUUAAGGAACGUCGGCUUGCGACCUGUUGAAAAUCGAAUCCUCAGAUCGACAGAUAAUGUCCGAUUAUACCGCUGAUAAGUCUGCUGCAGACCAGCCCAUCAAUGGGUUCAAGCCGUUAUCAAACGCGGACGGGUUCUCCUUGCCUACUACCGGGGAUGACCUCUCACGUCUGAGCGCCCGUGGAGAUUUUUCAAUGGCCAACGGGAUCCCCAUGGAGGAGGUGGAUGAUGAUGACGACGAAGAGGUCGACGAAGACUACGUUGCAGUUGACCAUGACGAUAUUAACGAAUUUCCUUACUGGCUCCGUCGCCCGCCUGUGCAUCAACGCACAAAGUUGGACGAGUUGCAUCCUUUUGUACAGGUCUUGACUGUGUCGAAUGUGGAUGACUGUGUCAACGUGGAGAGCGCGUUUCCCGAACAAGAGCGCUGUUCCCGAGAGAAGUUUGUAUAUCGCUUGAACCGAUGCCCCGAACUUUGCUUGGGCCUCUUCACACUCCCUGUCUUAGGAGAGGACCAGCCGAAGCCUCGCCCGACCUUGGUUGGACACAUCGUUGCGACUCGCAUUUCGACUCCGUUUGUGACCGACAAAGCUAUGGAGCUCCCCGCGAAAUGGCAAACCGAGCGCAUGACUGUGGAGAACGGAGAGACCGUCGGCCAUGACGAAUAUGGUAGCACGAUUGCGAUCCAUUCCUUGGCUGUUUUGCCGGAGCAUCAAGGCAAGCAGGUUGCCAGCACGUUGUUGAAGUCCUACAUCAACAGGAUCAGGGAAGCACAAAUCGCCGAGCGUAUUUCUAUCAUAGCCCAUGAUUACCUUGUGCCAUUCUACGAAUCUUUUGGAUUCGAGAACCGUGGUCCUAGCAAGUGUCAGUUUGGCGGCGGCGGCUGGACAAAUCUGGUGUUGGAAUUCAUCGGAGAGUAAAUUAUCAUCAUGAAGGACGGUUAUGAUGGCAGCGAAUGAUGCUGUGCCUAGUUGACAUGUCUUCCUCUUACCUGAUCAUUUUUCCUCUUGUCUCUUUUUUUCCCUUUGAUUAUAUCUUCCUUUUCCACUUUUCUUUAGUUUCCCCUUUGUUGUUUUUGUUCACAAUUCCCACGCGACAUUUGACGCAUGUUAUGUUGAAACACUGGGUUUGGUCUUUUUACAUGAUGGGUUCAAGAGAAAAGCAACGGAGUUUGUCUGGGCUACGAUGGUUCUGGGACAGAUACCCCAUGCUGAUGACGACCAUGAAUAGGCGGCUAGUUUCAGGUCAGGGCAGGAAUAUUUGUGUAUCAUAGUCCCGCGGUAGUUCAAUGUACAUGAUCAUGAUAGAGAGCAAUUCAAGAGGGAAAAAACAAUCAA